AUAGUGACCCACUCUAUCGCAUAUACAGAUGAUCAUUGUAAAUUAUUGGCGUUUGUUGUGCUCAAUUAUUAAUAUUAAAACAAAGUUAUGUUUAAGGCGUAGCCUGUGUUGCUAAAAGUGUUGCUUGCUAAAAUGCACAGCGUUGGUGGAGCCACGGGGAGCAGCAAAGUAGUCGCCACAUUACGUGCCGAUGGCAGUGUGGCAAUGGAGGCUCAAUCUCUCAACCAGCAGCUAUCCAACUUACUAAAUUAUAAAAUUCGAACCGAGGGUGAGCUUCUAUUAAAGAAGAGCAACGCGCCCGGGCCAACUACGGUCAUCGACUUGGGCAAGCAACUUUUACAAUGUGCUCGAGACAGCGAUGUGCCCGGAGUGAAGACUGCGCUUGCACAUGGUGCUCCGUUUGCAUCGGACUGGCUGGGUAUGUCAGCACUGCACUUUGCUGCGAUGAACAAUCAACUGGAAAUCUGCGAGAUUCUACUUCAAGGUGGCAUCAACUUGGAAGCCAAAACCAAAGUAGAUCGAACACCAUUACAUUUAGCUUGCUAUUUUGGACACGAACGAAUUGUAAGCUUACUCUUGGCCCUGAAGCCUGCUGUGAACGCACGUGAUAUGCUUCGAAUGACGCCACUGCACUGGGCUGUGGAGAAGAGACACAAAAGUAUUGUACGCAUGCUACUUAAGAAACAGGCAGACGUAACGUUAGUCUCCAAGUUUGGAAAAACCCCAAUCGCCCUUGCCGUGUUAACAGAACAGGCAGAUAUUUUAGGGGAACUGGAAGCCGCUCGCCAAAUGCAGGCCAAUCGCAAAUUCAACGAAGACAGUGAGAAGGAAACCAGUGAAGCAGUUAAUUCAAUUAUGGAUGAGUCUCCCCCAACACAAAGAUUUGAUGAUGCGGACAUGUCUGUCGAGGAUAAAUUAGAUGUUCUAGAGACACUACGGCCGCAUACAAACGUGCUAGGAAAUUCUGCUUUGAAUAUGUUGAAGACCCACGGAAUUGCAGACAUGAUGCAAGACAACCAAAUAGAUGACGAAGCUUCGAAAAAGAUGCUGAAUACUGCUUUGCGAAAUGGUCGGCAGCUAGUGCUCUCAGAGGGUGGUCGUAUGCUAUUGCACGAAACAAAUCGUGGAUCAAAUAUCAAACAAAGUACAAAUGGAUCUAUCAACAGUCAUUUAAAAAACAACGCAAUUAGUUUGCAACCCAGUACAAAUCAAACAAACCACAAUUCAUCGCCCCAAAAAAUACGUAUGAAUGUCAUUAAGCAAAAGGAAUCACCGUCACAAAGUCCAGCGGGUGGCGUUACAAAAAACAAGAAUAUAAGAAUUAUCUCGCUGACCGACUUUAAAAAACUUUGCGAUCAGCCAAAAUCUCUACAAAAAAUACCCGCAACCCUAGCUAGCUCUGGAGUGGUACGCCAACUUGCCGAUGGUACCAAACUCGUAAACAUGCGACAAUUACAGUCUCGUCAGUUGAAACUACCUGCCGUACCCAGACCUCUCGAAAUUGGUGAUAUUGAUGAGCAACAGAAGUUGAUCAACGAAGCGACAAACACAACGCCAACACCAAAUCUCGCUGUGGCGAGCACAAUGCGUGGUCAAGUGGGGACAGUGCAAACUAUCCAACUGCGACCCUCGCCAGCAGCCGGAACUGCUGUCGGAGCCACCAAUAAUGGAACUGCAAAUAAAUCGUUGGGCACUGCAGCGAUACGUUCUAGCUUACGCAGUGGCAACGAGUUCAAUACAACAAAAGGUCCCAACGUGAUGCCAUUGCUAACGUCGUCCGAAAUUUGUCGGCAGCUGCACGAGCUACGGCGACAUAAUGAUGAGCUACGCCGUCGUGUAGAAAUUGUGCAGAAGGAAAAGGAAGACAUGCUGCUUCGUAUCGAGCGUUUAGAGCAACUUGUGUCAGUCCGUGAACCUGAGGCAGAAAUGAAUUAUGUAGGCAUUUAGGGAAGGUUUAGUUUAUUAUCCUUGUAAAUAUGUAUAACAUUAACAUUACGAUUGCAAAAAUU